GAGAUCGAGGAGGCAAAAGGAACCAGCCAGUGUUUUCAAUCUGGUUUCCAAUGCAAUGUAAUGGCAAACAAAUAGAGCCCCGUUGCCAGGCUGGUUCUUAUAUAGCUGGCCCCGUAUAUCGCAAAAUGAGGUGCAUCUCUACGCGGUUCCGUAUCUUCCCUCUCACACACUCACACUGCCAUAUUCACGCUCUCUCCUCAUCAAACUUCUCCCCCCUUUCCCGGAGCUGCAACGUCCCGGCGCCAAUAGGUGGUCUGAUUCACACCAUAGAAAUGUCCGAACAUCUACGGCUCUCCGAGUCCAGCGCAUCAAAUUGGACCGCCGAGCGGAGCCGAGUGGCCAGAGAGGAGACUGAAAUGUGCUGAUAUAACGGAUGGUGCCUGAGACGCGAUGUCGAUAGGCGGGUUUGCCUUAAGUAAGCCGCAUCCGUUACGGGGCCCGGCGAUCGCAUUCGUAUCGAUAAAGAACACGAACACGACUUCGAGAACUUCAAUCUCCAUCCUUGCGGCAUUCUUCUGCGGCGAAUAUCCACAAAUCCAAAUCCUGCUCUCUUUCUCCGUCGCUUCGGAUUGGGCAGGCAAAUCAGAGGCCAUUUCGCUGUCGACAAUGAGGGCAGCUUCGGUUUUAUCCUGCCAAUACUCCGUACUAUCAACUUGCCAUUCCCACUCACACUGGCGCUCUGACCGCUACUACAGUGUCGUAUAUCACAGCCUAACUGAUACAGUCAGUAUUAACGGCCUUUUGUUAGGCCCCUCUCGGUUGUCAACAUAUAUUACCUUAUUCCUUCGUCGAGUAAUAGCAAUCAAUCUGAGCACGCAUUACUGUUUCUCAACUCGGCUGGACAACCUGAUCUCCAUCGAGUCUCCUCGUCUCAAGGCGUUCAAACACUCUUCACCUGGCCACAAGCACCACCUCUAUCACGCUGUCGCUAUACCUGUAGUAGGUAUCUGUCUUUGUCUAGAUCGGGUGAAUACUGUAGUAAGCAGGUAGGGUUGCAGAAUCGCACGGCGCAAACGCCAUGACACCCGGACCCCU